GACGUGGAUGUUAAUUGGGCCGUCUCAAGCAACAACACCCAUGGCCGGCUUAUAGCGAGGUACCAUGAGAAAGGCAAAUAGAGACGGUCAACCUGGGUCGUCCCAUCACUACGUCCAGGCGCCGCCGGCGCCAGAAGCCGAGGAGGAACAUCACGAGAACGAGGACGGCGCUUUUGAAGCUGCGCCGCCGGCAGAGCAGGAGGAGCGGCACGUAUGCGACACGUGCGGGGCGGUGUAUCCGACGGAGAAGGCGAUGUUCGGGCACCUGCGGUCCCACAAAGAGCGCCUCUGGCGUGGGGCCUACUGCCCGCCGUCGUUCAGCAUGGACGAGUUCGCCGAGUACAGGGAGCUUCUCGUCAAGUCCGAGGAGGAACAGCUGCGGGAAAUCCAGCAGGGAGAGGGGAGUAGUGCCGUCCGCCGCCUUCGUUUUCGGGGUGUCGUCCCGCGUCCCCCCUCUCCGCCGCCGCGUCCUCGCCUUGAAAUGGUUGCGCCGCCGGCCGCCGUAUUGGAGCUGGAUUUGAACGCGCCGCCGGAAGGAGGAGAAUGGAACGAGGAGGCAGAGGGGAGAUACAACAGAUUUGACUUGAAUUUGCCGCCCUCCGAUGAAGAGUGAUGAGAAAAUGAAAUUGGUCAGGUGUUCAUUGUUUGUAAUAGACUUUGAUUAUCAAUUGAAACAAAUUUAUUCGACAUGG